AUGAACAAUAUGUUUUCAUUAUUUGAGUUCGAUUUGAACACUCAUUUAACACCGAAUGGUUUCGAUAUUUUCAACGCUGCUAAGAAAAUUACCUCAAAUAUAGCGUAUUUCUUACCGAGACAAACGACGGUUGGUCAGUUAGUUUCACUGGCUGGUCCAGGUGGUUCAUGCGAAAUCGAGCAAAAUUUAUUGAAUACAAAAAUCAAGGCGAUUACUGCCUACUACGGCAAUCUCGUUACAGGACGAUGUGAUGACGUAUUGAAGUGA